GAGGGAAAAGAGGCACAAAAUCCAUGGGGCAGACUCAGACUUUCAGAGCAGCUGUUAUCUGAUGGUGGGUCCUGAAUUUAAAAGCCUCUGCGAGAAGCCUCCGAGCCCCUGUGUUGGCAGCCGUGGCUGAAUCCUGCCUCUUGGAGCCCCAGUUUUGGGAAGUGUGUGCAAGAGACGAGUUCACACACACACACACAGGGGCAGCGGGACGAGAAAAAGGAGCAACGUCGAUUUAGUUCAGAUUCCCUUCGGCGAAAAGUCCGGUUGAACUCUGACCCUUGACCGGUUUUGCUCUUCGGACCUUCGCUGGACUCAAGAUGACGUCGUCCACCAAGGUGUACUACAGCCAGACGACGCAGACCGACAGUCGCCCCCUGAUUGGCUCCACCCUGCGCAAGAGGCGGGUCAUGACGAAGGACGGGCGUAGCAACGUCCGCAUGGAGCACAUCGCGGACAAGAGGUUCCUCUACCUGAAGGACCUCUGGACGACCUUCAUCGACAUGCAGUGGCGCUACAAGCUGCUGCUCUUCUCCGCUUCCUUUGCCGGGACGUGGUUCAUCUUUGGGGUGAUCUGGUACCUGGUGGCCGUGCUGCACGGGGACCUCCUGGAAUUCGACCCUCCCGCCAACCACACGCCGUGCGUCAUGCAAGUCCACACCCUCACCGGGGCCUUCCUCUUCUCCCUGGAGUCCCAGACCACCAUCGGCUACGGCUUCCGCUACAUCAGCGAGGAGUGCCCGCUGGCCAUCGUCCUGCUCAUCAGCCAGCUGGUCCUCACCACCAUCAUGGAGAUCUUCAUCACGGGCACCUUCCUGGCCAAGAUCGCCCGUCCCAAGAAGAGGGCAGAGACCAUCAAGUUCAGCCAGAAUGCCGUGGUGGCCCAGCACGACGGCAAGACCUGCUUGAUGAUCCGGGUGGCCAACAUGAGGAAGAGCCUCCUCAUCGGGUGCCAGGUGACCGGCAAACUCCUCCAGACCUACCUCACCAAGGAAGGUGAGAACAUCCGGCUCAACCAGGUCAACGUGGACUUCCAGGUGGACACGUCCUCCGACAGCCCCUUCCUCAUCCUGCCCCUGACCUUCUACCACGUGGUGAACGAGAGCAGCCCCUUCCGGGACAUGGCCUUGCGCACCGGGGAAGGAGACUUUGAGCUGGUGGUCAUCCUCAGCGGCACUGUGGAGUCCACCAGCGCCACGUGCCAAGUCCGGACCUCCUACCUCCCCGAGGAGAUCCUCUGGGGCUACGAGUUCACCCCCGUCAUCUCCCUCUCGGCCAGCGGGAAAUACGUGGCCGACUUCAGCCUCUUUGAGCAGGUGAUCAAAGUGGCGCCCCCUUGCUGCCUUCACGAGACGGUGCGGUAUGGGGACCCCGAGAAACUGAAGCUAGAGGAAUCCUUUCGGGAGAAAGCGGAGAGGGAAGGGACCCCCUUGAGCGUCCGGAUCAGCAACGUUUGACCCUUCAGAGGACUUGUGAGGCCUGUUACACGAGUAUUGCACCCAAGUGUCUUCAUUAGCUUCCAGACUUCCUUCCGCCCUUCUUUCUGUGGCUGCAUUUUCUCUCUCUCAAACUGCAGGAUGAGCAAUCUGUUCUUCUCUUUAGGAAUCUGCUAAAGGAACGCAAAGGUCAGCUCCCCUCUUGACACAGCAGCUCACAGUUAGCGCCAGAAUUCGAGGUCUCCUCCGUGGUUUUGACCAACUGCUGGAAGUAUAUCUAUUUUUAAUUGUGUUUCUUUCUUAAAUACAAAUAAUUGUGCAGUCAUUGUUCAGGGGACCACCAGGUCGUGGUUUUUAAUAGGAGGCAGAGGCACACGUACCAGCAACACUAUUGUGUCAAAUGCUUUUUAAAAUAUAAAUAUAUGGAGUUUUCUUUCUCUUUUUGCCUUGGAAACUCUUACCACAUAGAUUAGCUUUUAAUGCCAACCUAACCUGAAAGAUAUUGAUGGAUGCAUGCGAAAGGGAAACACAAAGAUUAGGACAGAGCACUGGGGGUGCCCCACCGCACCAGGCUCUGUGAAACGGAGGGUGUAAAUCCUACUAGUGCAAACUGUGCAAAUUAAUAUUCUGUUGUGGUCACCAUGGGAUACCUCAGAUGAAGCUGGAAAACA